GAUAGUCUUGAUGUUGGAGAAGAUAAGACACCUUUAGACUUUACUCAUAUCAUUCGGUGAUAAAUUCUUUGUUAUUUCCGACUCUUCUAAAUCACUGGUUAAUUACAAUCGUGCCACUUAGGGUUUUUCAUUUUUUUUUCAGUGUCCUGGAAAAUCCAAAGAAAAGUAACUUUCCCGCACUUGUAAAGGUUUCAACUUUCAAAUAGAAUAAUCCAAAUUCACCGACUUUUUUCAUUGACUCACCUUCUCAAAUUGAUUCCCAUUGUUGUCAUACUUGCAUUUCCCGCCAGAUAGGUUUCGGGUUUUCGUGGAAAGGAUAUAGAUGUUGCCUGAAUGGAGACGUAAAGGACAAAAGAGGAUCGGGGAUGACGAGAAAAACUAGAGGAAAAUCAAGCUCUGCUGCUUCUGAUGUUAGUGAAGCAAAUAUUGACACUGAAAUAGCUAUUAAAUUACAGAAGAACAGAAAAAGGCCAGAGGAUAGUGAAAAUGUGUGUGCUGCUAGGAAAAUGCCAAAGCGAGCAGCUGCUUGUUGUGAUUUUAGGGAGAAACCUUUUCAUCUGUCAGGCAAGUCGUCAGUUGUUGAGACUAAAAGGGGAAUCAUUGUGGAAGAUGAGAUUGCUGCUUUACAUAUGACAUCUGUGCAGGACGGUCCUCGACCAAACAGGAGACUUACAAAUUUUAUCUUUCAUGAUUCUGAUGGAAAGCCACAGCCAGUUGAGAUGUUAGAAGUUGAUGACCUGUUCAUUUCAGGUCUUAUCUUGCCUCUGGAAGGAAGUUCUGACAAAGAUAAGGAGAGGGGUAUUAGAUGCGAAGGUUUUGGGCGGAUUGAAUCGUGGGCAAUAUCAGGAUAUGAAGAAGGCUCACCGGUCAUCUGGGUAUCCACAGAUGCUGCAGAUUAUGAUUGUGUUAAACCUGCAAAUAAUUACAAAAAGCCCUUUAGUCUUUUCUUUGAAAAGGCACGUGCCUGUAUAGAAGUUUACAAAAAAUUGUCAAGGGCAUUUGGAGGGAAUCCUGAUCAGAGUAUUGAUGAACUACUUGCUGGUGUUGCCCGUUCCAUGAGUGGUAAUAAGAAUUUUCCUCAUCAGAUAUCUAUCAAGGAUUUCAUAGCAUCGCAGGGUGAGUUCAUAUAUAAUCAGCUAAUUGGUUUGGAUGAGACAUCCAUGAAAAAUGAUGAAAUCUUUAGAGAUUUGCUUGUGCUUGUUGCCCUGAGGGACGAGGUAAAGAAGUAUGAAGGUCUUAAGCCAGUAAAAGGCACUACGUCAGGCAAUGUGAUGGAUAAGAGUUUGAGAAUUGGCAAUGGAGAACAAGUAAAUCACUCCAGUUCUUCUUCUUGCUUGCCUCAGGAAGACGAAGACAUGAAAUUGGCUAGGAUGCUGCAGGAGGAGGAGAACUGGCAAUCAAAACUGAAGAAAAAUAGGGGUCCAGUUGCUCCAUCGAACAAGUUCUACAUAAAGAUCAAUGAGGAUGAAAUUGCAAAUGACUAUCCUUUACCAGCAUACUACACAAGCUCUCAUGAAGAAACUGAUGAAUUUCUUAUUUUCGAUCUAGACACGGAUGAUCCUGAUCAUCUUCCUAAAAGCAUGCUUGACAAUUGGACACUCUACAAUUCUGACUCCCGAUUGAUUUCCUUGGAGCUUCUUCCGAUGAAGCCUUGUGCUGAUAUUGACGUAACAGUCUUUGGGUCCGGGCUUAUGAUGGAAGAUGAUGGGAGUGGAUUUAAUAUUGAUGCUAACACCAAUCAGUCUGCUUCAGGUUCCGCUGACAUGAAGAGUGCUGGUGGAAUGCCAAUAUAUCUGAGUGCGAUAAAAGAAUGGACAAUAGAAUAUGGACAUGGAAUGAUUUUCAUAUUCCUUCGAACCGAUUUGGCCUGGUACAGACUUGGGAAGCCCUCGAAGCAGUAUGCUCCAUGGUAUAAACCAGUCUUGAAAGCUGCGAGACUUACUGUCAGUCUUAUAACCUUGUUGGAUGAGGAGAUUCGCUUAUCAAGAAUUUCUUUUGCUAAUAUAGUUAGAAAAAUCUCGGAAUUUGAUAAGGACCACCCGGCAUUUAUUUCUUCAAACCUGGCAGCUGUUGAAAGGUAUCUAGUUGUUCAUGGACCAAUUAUUUUGCAACAGCUCUCUGAGUAUCCUGGACCUAUCAAGAAUUGUGCUUUUGUGACUGCUCUUCGCAACAAAAUGGAAGAAAGACAUCACACUAAAUGGUUGGUAAAGAAAAAGGCACAAUUGAAGACGGAGGUGAAUCUGAACCCAAGAGCAGCUAUGACACCAAGUGUAUCAAAAAGGAAGGCAAUGCCAGCAACUACAACAAGACUGAUUAAUAGUAUUUGGGGAGAGUUCUAUUCAAACUACUCUCCUGAAGAUACAAAAGAGGCUGAUUGUCCUGAUGUGAAAGAGAAUGAUGACGUUGAAGACGAACAAGAAGGCGAGGAUGAUUCUGAAGAGGUUGAUGAAGAGAUAAUAGAAGUUGAUGAGGAAAUGGAGAAACCACAACACUCUUUAAAACUGACAAAGCUGCUAGGUACUGGUCAAGAUCUCAGAUGGAAUGGAGAGUCAGUCGGAAAAACAUCUGCUGGCGGGGCUUUGUAUAUGCAGGCCAUUGUCUGUGGAGAUAGGGUCGCUGUAGGUGAUACUGUACUGGUAGAAACAGUGGACUCAGGCAAAUCUUCUAUAUAUUUCGUUGAGUAUAUGUUUGAAAACUCAGAUGCGAGAAAGAUGAUUCAUGGUAGGCUUAUACUGAGAGGAUCUCAGACUGUUCUGGGUAAGGCCGGUAAUGAGAGGGAGGUAUUUUUGACUAAUGAUUGUCUGGAGUUUGACCUUGAUGACAUUAAACAAACUGUGGUCAUGGAAACAAAAUUGAUACCUUGGGGAUAUCAGCACCGGAAGGCCAGUGCCCUCAAGGAUAAGAUGGACAGGGAAAGACAUGAGGAAAGAAAAAGAAAAGGACUGCCAACUGAAUUCUUCUGUAAAAGCUUAUACUGUCCUGAAAGAGGUGCUUUCUUUUGUCUUCCAAAUGAUACCAUGGGCCUUGGUACUGGACUUUGCCAUUGUUGUAAAAUGAAGGAAAGCCAGAGGGAGAAGGAGAUGUUUAAGUUGAAUUUGCCUGGUUUUUCAUUCAAUGGAAUUGAGUAUCAUAUUCAAGAUUUUGUCUAUCUAGCUCCUUGUCAUUUUGGGACAAAUGGUAGAGAACAUGAGACUUUUAAGAGUGGAAGGAAUGUGAGGCUAAGUGCCUAUGUUGUUGGGCAGUUGAUGGAUAUUGAGGUGCCUACAGGCUCGAGACUAGCUUCCCCUGAAUCAACCAAAGUAAAAGUCAGGAGAUUUUUUAGGCCGGACGAUGUUUCAGCUGAGAAGGCAUACUGCUCUGAUAUUCGAGAGGUAUAUUACAGUGACCAAAUAUCGACGGCUCCUGUUGUUGCUAUAGAAGGUAAAUGUGAUGUUAGAAAGAAGCAUGAACUUCCAUUGGCGGAUGUACCUGCAAUUGUUGAGCAUGUUUUCUAUUGCGAACAUCUGUAUGAUCCUGACACGGGGGCUGUUAGGCAGCUGCCUGCUAACAUCAAAAUUAAUCCCUCAAAAGAAAAGGUGGUUCAUGGUGCUCUUUCUAGGAAAAAGGGGAAAUGCAAAGAAGGUGAAAAUGAUAUUGAUAAUAAAGAAAAAGAGAGCAAUACAUUCUGCAUGGAUCACCUGGCAACACUAGAUAUUUUUGCUGGUUGUGGUGGUUUAUCUGAAGGGUUACAGCAAGCAGGUGCGUCGGUCACAAAGUGGGCAAUUGAAUAUGAAGAACCUGCAGGAGAAGCCUUCAAACUUAAUCAUCCAGAGGCUUUUAUGUUUAUUCACAACUGCAAUGUAAUCCUAAGAGCGAUCAUGGAAUCGUCUGGCGAAGCAGAUGACUGUAUAUCAACGCCUGAAGCUACUGAAUUAGCUGCAAAACUUGAUGAAUCCAUGAUUAAGAAUCUGCCUCGUCCUGGGGAAGUGGAUUUUAUCAAUGGAGGGCCUCCUUGUCAAGGAUUUUCUGGAAUGAAUCGGUUUAAUCAAAGCUCAUGGAGCAAGGUCCAGUGCGAGAUGAUAUUGUCAUUCUUAUCUUUUGUUGAUUACUUCCGUCCAAAGUUUUUCCUUCUGGAGAAUGUAAGGAACUUUGUAUCGUUUAACAAGGGGCAGACAUUUCGAUUAACUCUCACUUCACUCCUUGCGCUUGGUUAUCAGGUUAGGUUCGGAAUACUGGAAGCUGGAGCCUAUGGUGUGGCACAGUCUCGAAAACGAGCAUUUAUAUGGGCAGCGGCUCCAGGUGAAAACCUUCCUGAAUGGCCAGAACCAAUGCAUGUCUUUGCCAGUCCAGAGCUCAAGGUUGCAUUACCUGGGAAUACUCAUUAUGCUGCCGUAAGGAGUACUGUAAAUGGUGCUCCCUUUCGUUCAAUAACAGUGAGAGAUACUAUCGGAGAUCUGCCAGUAGUUGAGAAUGGUGCCUCCAAGGCAACCUUGGAAUAUGGGACCAAACCCGAAUCCUGGUUUCAGAGACUGAUUCGGGGAGAUUCAAUGGCUUUAACGGAUCACAUCUCAAAAGAGAUGAAUGAACUUAACCUCAUUCGCUGCAAAAGAAUACCAAGAUGUGCAGGUGCUGAUUGGCGCGUCCUCCCCGAUGAGAAGGUUAAGUUGUCCACAGGCCAAGUGGUGGAUUUAAUCCCCUGGUGCCUCCCAAACACGGCCCAAAGGCACAAUCAGUGGAAAGGACUAUUUGGGAGGUUGGACUGGAAAGGAAACUUUCCAACCUCCGUGACUGAUCCCCAGCCCAUGGGCAAAGUUGGAAUGUGCUUUCAUCCAGAACAGGACAGGAUUGUUACAGUUCGGGAAUGUGCUCGAUCUCAGGGCUUCCCAGAUACAUACAAAUUUGCAGGGAAUAUUCAACACAAGCACAGACAGAUUGGAAAUGCUGUGCCUCCCCCUCUUGCGUAUGCUUUGGGGAGAAAGCUGAAAGAAGCAGUAGAAAGCAAAGGUUCGACGUAGACCAUUUUCAAAGUGUUCAUAGCAUGCAGAUACCAUCUGAGAGCUUGAAGGUGACAUUGUGUUGCAGAGAGCUUGAAGAAAGAGAGAAGGUGAUACAAAGUAUGGCCGAGAUGUGACCCAAAACAGUUGUGAAAAAAAUGCGUUUUGGAAAACAUUGUAUGAAACAGAAUUGAUUGAGAUGAAUGACUCUCAAAGGGUCCCUUCCCACUUUCAUGGUGA